AUGCCUCUUGGGAGCACAGAUCCCUGUAGAUAUGGUGUCACCGUAGUAUGUGAAGAGCUUUAUGACGGCAGCCAUCUUCAGGUUAUCCUUGAACCUGUGGUGAUGGAGAGAUGCUGUUACAAAUCCGCUGCCCGUGUUGGCGUGUUGGUGUGUGAUUCUGUGACCGGAAACGCAAACACGUCUUAUGAGCUUCCAGUUUGUUGA